AUGUCCUUCUUUCUCCAAGGAGUCCAGCGCCUCAUCACCGACGUCCUCGGGACAAGUUCCCAUGACAGCAACGCCAGUGGCAGCUCCAGCAGCCACCAGUCUUCGCCCGAGCGAGACACCGCCUCCAGCGCUCCAGCGCUUGAAUAUGAGCCCUCUGCUCUUGAUGUUGUUGUCAUCGUCCUGUCUGUCCUUGACCACGCCGAAUACUGGCCACACACAACCACCACCCUGGAUCAUUCUCUCACAGUCCGUUCGGGACCAGCCCACGAGAACCAGUUCAUUCUGAGGUCAAGACCACUUGGCCUCAUACGAAGAACUCACUACGAUGAACGCUACUACAGCUUCACUACUGCUCAGGCCAAACCACUCUCUGAGGGCGGAGACUAUUCCCUGGCCCAGUUGCAGAAAUGGAUCGGCGGUCCAACCGACACCCUCGAGCAUCCUUGCCGCAAGAUUGUCUUCACCUUGCGCAGCCGCGACCAGGGCUGGGGUGGCCGGCCCCAGGACAAGGGAAGCUAUCAAGGAUCCUGGACGUGGUUCGAGGCCGGUAAGGAGCGUUUCGACAAGAACGCCCUGCCCCCAAAGGACACUGCCGAAAAGAAGGCACCCUUGGACGGCACCGUCGACGGUGAAGUGGUGCCCACUUCUUCCCUCGACCGCGACGGCGAGAUCCCGACUCCGUACUUUCCCGUGUAUGCUGCACGGUCCAUACAACCGGAACUCGAGCCAGGCCAAGAAGCUUUCCACCAUGACCUUCUCCCUUCUCCCGCGUUGACUAUACAGAAGAACAAGACUGCGACUCGACAGCCUACAACGCAUACGAUUGUGUGGGCCUGGAACGACAACAUUGAACCCCUGAGUUCCGAGAUACUCUCGGAGAUGGGCCGUGGGCCUGAGACUGGCACUGGUGAUUUUGUCCGUAGCCUCGCACUAGGCGACGUCGUAACUGUCUGGGCGAAGGCGAGGUUCGCACAGUGGGUCAACCACAUAGACAGCGUCAAGCUGGACAUCUAUUGGGCGCUAUGA